AUGCCCAGCAGUCUACCCAACGCUGUACUAUUCCAGUCCUCUGACAAAUACCUGACUAUCUUCGAUGCGUACCCCAAGUCCAUAUUCCACUUUCUCAUUUUGCCUCGAAUCGAGGAUGGUGCAGUCGCUGGAGAGGAAAGCCAGGGCAAAUUUUCAGUUCAAGAGCUGCGCAAUCUCAAGGCUCUACUGAGAACGUCCGAUAAACAGAAGGCGAAGAAGCUGAUCGAAGAACUGAAGAGUGAGGCUGACAGUGUGAAGAGGCAGAUUGAAGAAGAGAUGGUGGAACGCUACGGGUUCAAAUGGGGUGUGUGGGUCGGAUUUCAUGCUGUACCAUCCAUGGAGCAUCUCCAUUUGCAUGUCCUCUCUGCAGACCUGGUCUCUGAGAAAAUGAAAAAGAAGAAACACUACAAUUCCUUUCAUCCUUCACUGGGUUUCUUCCUACAUAUUGACGACGUUCUCGAGUGGUUUGAAUCAACACCAGAAUACUUCGAACAGGUGACAGAACUAAACCCAAAGAAGUACGAAAGCCUACUGAAGGACAGCCUCGCUUGCUUUACCUGCGGCUCAGCCAUGAAGAACAUCCCAACACUAAAAGUCCAUUUACAAGAGGAAUGGGACAAAUUAGAGAAAAAGUUUAAACGACCAGCAGUAAAGAGAAAGAUGGUUGAACACCCAGUGGAGGAUCAAGUGGAAGGUGCUAGGGAAGGGAGGAGCGAAGUUGGAGACGAUGAGAACCCGUCAAAGAAAGCAAAAAAGGAUGGCCAAUAA